UUUGGCGCUUGAUAUUUGACAGUUAAAGUUUGAGGUUAUGUAACUAUGUUUACAAGAGAAUGGACGAAAAUUGGGAUGUAGAGUGCUCUGAUGAUGAAUUUAAAGACGUCAAAGGCCCCUGGGAGCCCCCACCUGAAAUAAUAGAGAAGCUUUACGAUCAGUUGAGUAAAGGUGAAAUUCCUGAAUUAAAUUGGAAAUGUCCUGGGUACCGUUCCCCCUCUCCGGAAGUAGAGGAGCCCCCACCGGUUGAAGUCGAACAAAAACAGACUGAAGAUAAGUCCGAUUUCGAUUUUAUGGAUGAAACGACAUCUCCACGACUGAAAAUUCGAAAUAAAGGAGAGGAAGCACUGAAAGGUAGCGCCAAGAAAAAGACAACGUCUUUAGACGGUGUUAUUAACAAUAUGAGACGGCAUAAACUUAUACCACAACAAGGCAAUCACUAGUUCAUAAAUCUAGGAACUUUAUUCAGAAAUUAGCACAAUUAUGUAUUGAUUCAUAAAGAAAUAAAUAUAAUUUUAAUGAUAGAGUUAUAAGCGUAGUCACGUAGAAAUUGUGAUUUCUAUCUUUGUGGAGCAGGUUUUGGUUUAGGCAUUUUGCUCAAAAGUCCUUGAAUUUCUUUCUUUUCAUCAUAAGUCUUCCACAGUUCGAAUAAAUUAAUGACAUAUCUAGCAA